CGGAAGUCUUCAUGCAGAGUGUGAAGCACACAAGCAGUUAGUGACAUCUGCUCUCGGCAGAAGCUGGAACCGGCUGCAAUGUCCCGGCCUCACGCCUGGCUUAAAGCCGUAAGAUCGACCUUCCGAAGAAGCAACCAACCCCCUUAUUUGAGCGAUGCCAGCGGCUUCGACUACCCGGACGAGAUGGCGCAAGGGGAGGAAGAGCUGCCUCGCUUCAAUAAGUUGAGGGUGAUGGUCGGGGAUGAGCCGCCGUCCGCGAACGGAGGACACCCGAACCUUUCUUCAGAUGAUGAGUCCCUCAUCGAUCAGGACAACACUCCGGCACAGACCCAACCCAAGCCCGAGCCAUGUGAGAACUGUAACCGGGAGCGGGAGAAGAUCAAGCAGAGGAAGGUGAAGAAGAGGCUGGGGUUGGCUGCUGCUCUCUACCUGCUUUUUAUGGUGGGAGAACUGAUAGGUGGAUAUUAUGCCAACAGCCUCGCAAUCAUGACUGAUGCACUUCAUAUGCUUAGUGACCUCAGCGGUAUUAUUUUGACCUUGCUUGCCUUGUGGUUGUCUGGAAAGUCUCCAAACAGACGCUUCACCUUUGGAUUCCAUCGUCUUGAGGUGCUAUCGGCCAUUGUGAGCGUGCUGUUGGUGUACAUACUUACAGGAUUUCUGCUGUACGAAGCUGUUCAACGCACAAUUCAUAUGGACUAUAGCAUUGAUGGAGAUGUAAUGCUAAUAACAGCGGCUGUAGGUGUGGCCGUGAACAUCAUAAUGGGAGUUUUGUUAAAUCAAACAGGACAUCCUCAUUCCCACUCCCAUUCCCACUCCCAUUCUCCCACAGUACAGACCCACAGUCACCAGAGCCAUAGCCAUAGCCAUGGAAGCCUGGCAGUCAGAGCCGCCUUUGUACACGCGCUUGGAGAUCUUGCUCAAAGUGUUGGCGUACUUGUAGCUGCAUAUAUUAUUAGGUUCAAGCCAGAGUACAAAAUUGCUGAUCCGAUCUGUACUUAUAUAUUUUCUGUACUUGUCAUUUUUACUACCAUACGAAUAAUGCUGGAUACAGUGGUCAUAAUGCUUGAAGGCGCUCCCAGGCAUCUGAAUGUGGAUCUAAUCAGGGAGGACUUGAUGAAAAUUGAUGAUGUUUAUUCAGUAGAAGACCUUAACGUCUGGUCUUUGACAACAGGGAAAUCUGCUGCUGUUAUACGUUUACAGCUAAGUCCUGGUGCCUCAUCAAAGUGGGAAGAAGUACAAAGCAAAGCCAGACACAUACUACUGAACACAUAUGGAAUGUACAAGUGCUUCAUACAGCUGCAAAGCUAUAGGCAGGAGGAGACCUCACCUUGUACUAGGUGUUCCAAUGCCUAAGUCCCUUUGAUUGUUGCCUUACCACCAACCAACCAGGUCUAAGACACUAGAGCAAUACAUGUUCACCUUCACAAAUCUUUGCGAUGGGGGAACUGAGAUAUCACAAGACCUCAAGACAACCACCAUCUCAUGGGAACUGGUAAUAUCAGAAGACAUUUGGACCGCGGAAGUCACGUUGCAGUACUCUGCUGCCUUUUAGACCAAUCUCGAAAGUGUUUACAGAAUGCAGCUAGUUUGCACAUUCUUCAUAUAUGUGUAUAUAUAUAUAACUAUGAAAAUAUAGCACACAGCCCACGGUGAGGACCCAAAGUCGGUAAUUUUGAUUAGAAAAAUAGCUUGCAUCUAGUCACCUAUAAUUUAGGGGGAUCUUAAAACUAGUUCUAAGAUUAAUAUGCAUUUUAGUGAAGUACACAAUGUGAAACGUGCAGCUUCCAUUAAACAUGUAUAGAUGUUUUGCUGUGCUGUACCAUACACAACAACAACACUCCACAACAAGGUUAGAGUGCCUUACUAAAUGUUAUGAAAGUGACAUAUCUGGACACUCUUCUUUGGGAAGCCCAUAUGGUUUACCGCAUACCUUCUGCAGUUACUUCUCGCAUUCCUGUGUAUAAAGCCCCUGACAGGGAAGGGUCGUCGUAAAAUCUGUCCUUGUCAAGUUUGUACAGUUUAGCACGUAAUAGUUUACCGAUUUAGGUUUAUUGCUUUAGAGGGAUGUCAUUGGUUUUAAAUGCCUCUAGCACUCUGUGAACAUGGGGCAUUUGGUUCUUCUUUUAGGUCAGAUGAAUCCCACUUAUCCUUCACUCCAAAACAGUCACUUUAUAAGAUUCUGGUCUGAAUAUCUAUGAAUAUCGACUUGCGUGCGCUCGUUUAAACACUGCUUGCUGAGAAGCUAACGAAACAGCUUUACGAAGUUAAACAUAAGCUUAUCAGUGUUCUCUCUACCUUUGCACUUUUGAAUGCUGUUUGGUUGCUUCCAGUGACUUAAUGACAGUAUUUUAUUAGUCAGCCCGUGCUGCGUAUGAACAUGCAGUCACAAAGAUGACCAUAUUCACUCCAUUAUUGUGAACCGGCUCAAUUGAUUCAUAUGCGCUUGUUCAGAGCUAGGACGUGUCAUGGUGAGGCUUAAGAAGCUUUUUAUGCAGUAAACAGCCAAAUCUUCAGUAAGAAGUGAGCCCUGGGCAUAUAAACAGUAUUACAGAUGGUACGGGAAGAACCUGGUAUUUUUUAAAAAAAUUUUUUUAUGGAAAAGGUUCUGUUUACAAUUUCAAUUUUAAAAUGGAGUGACAGCAUUUAUUAAGAGUUAAAUGUAAGCUUAAAUUUUAGUUUGGUACAACCUCGGUAUUAUCAUUUAUAUAAAAAAAAGACCAAGGGUAAUCAUUGGCUGUAUGCAUACAAAAAAUGGUAUUUCUAAAUAGGCUGGUACAUGAGCACAAACUGUACCAUAGUGGAAAUUCAUGAUGGUAACUGUCCCCAUAACAAUGACUCCCUUGCCAACACUAAAAAUGGCUCUCUAUGUACAUAUUCUCCUUUGUAGAUUUUAUACAAAUCAAUAAACAAAAAAAUUAGACAAACACCUGAUUUGCAUUCAGAAUGGGUAUUGGGGAAAAAAUGGUGAUAUAACUAAAAUCAAUGAUCAUGGUGUUUUUUUUUUGUUUUUUUUAUGCAUUAUUGGGUUUCAGUAAAAAGUUUGUUGGCUUACAAAUUAAUGUACGUUUAACAAUAUCAAUAAUAAAAAGCACUGGCACAAUUUUUCUGUAACAAGUUAUGGUAUUCAAACUGCACAAGGAUGUGUUGUAAUAAACUAUUUAUUACAAAAUA